GGCGCGCCGUAGCGGCCGAGGGAGGCGGGCGGUGUUUAGGCCCGGCCGGGUGAGGGUCGUGCGGUGGAAACGUCAGAUCCGGGCCGUGGCCUCCCGGGCUGGGAUCCUGGGUGAAGGCGCCCCGCACAGCACUUUCUCGGCCAGGCCCAAGCAUGCCAGUUCUUGUAAGGCAAAGACUUCAAUGGGAGCCUUCCUCCUUAAAGCCCUGUGGUGAAGCAGCUGUUUGACACACUCAGAAGGAAGGAUGACAGCUAUACAGAGGAACACGAUGUGAAUGGAAGAGACCUGUCAUUAUGGAAACAGUACGGCACUCUGAACAUACACUAAAAACAGCUCUCAUCUCGGAGAACCCAAGGCUUGUGUCGCAGUAUGAGAAGUUAGAUGCCGGGGAAAGGCGUUUGCUGAACGAAGCCUUCAAGCCAGACCAUGAUCUCUUCGGACCCAUUACCUUGCAUUCGCAGUCGGAUUGGAUCAUCUCCCAUCCUGAGGCUCCCCAAGACUUUGAACAGUUUUUCAGUGAUCCUUACAGAAAGGCACCGUCUCCAGACAAACGCAGUAUUUAUAUACAGUGCAUUGGCUCUCUAGGCAACACCAGAAUUAUCAGUGAAGAAUAUAUUAAAUGGCUCAAGGGUUACUGUGAAGCAUUUUUCUACGGCUUAACAGUGAAACUCCUAGAACCAGUUCCUGUCUCUGCCACGAGGUGUUCCUUUAGAGUCAAUGAUAACACACAAAACCUACAAAUUCACGCAGGGCACAUCCUGAAGUUCUUAAAAAAGAAGAAACCUGAAGACGCCUUCUGUAUUGUGGGAAUAACGAUGAUUGAUCUUUACCCAAGAGACUCCUGGAAUUUUGUCUUUGGACAGGCCUCUUUGACAGAUGGUGUGGGGAUAUUCAGCUUUGCCAGGUAUGGCAGUGAUUUUUAUAGCUCCCGCUACGAAGGCAGAGUGAGCAAGCUGCAGAAAGCAUCCUCGAGUGACUAUGCAGUUUUCGAUAACUAUUACACUCCUCAAGUGACCAGUGUUCUGCUGCUUCGUUCCUGUAAGACUUUAACCCACGAGAUCGGACACAUAUUUGGACUCCGACACUGCCAGUGGCUCGCAUGCCUAAUGCAGGGCUCCAACCACUUGGAAGAAGCCGACCGGCGCCCGCUCAACCUUUGCCCCAUCUGUUUACGCAAGUUGCAGUGUGCCAUUGGCUUCAACAUAAUAGAAAGAUACAAAGCGCUGGUGAGGUGGAUCGAGGACGAGUCGGACAGCCCCGGAGUCAGUACGAAGCGCAGUCGUGAGGGUACCGUGGAUUUACCGAAACCCGUGGACGCCUUUAAGGAAUGGAAAGAGUGGAUAAUAAAAUGCCUUGCUGUUGUCCAAAAAUAAGGACCUUCACUUCACAUAGGAGUAAUUACAAUAAACAUUUGCAGACUCUGCUUUCAUUUGGACGGAGUACUUCGUUAGAGUAAACUGUUUACCGAUUCUGCCCGGUGUCAGGUAACAGGAUGGAACCUUCUUGAAAGCACCCGAACUUUGAAAUGAGGCUUAUUUUUUUUAAUGUUUAUUUAUUUUGAGAGAGAGAGAGAGACACUGUGUGCGAGUGGGGGAAAGGCAGGAAGAGAGAGAAUCCCAAGCAGGCUGCAUGCUGUCAGCGUAGAGCCCGACACGGGACUCGAACUCACAAACCGUGAGAUCAUGAGGCAGACCUGAGCUGACAUCGAGAGCCGGACGCUGAAAUGACUGAGCCACCCAGGCACCCCAUUUUAGCAUUGUGAAUGAUAGGAACUAUAAACUCCUCUGUCUUGAUAGCCUGGCCUGUGGUAGGGAGCACAUCCUUUCCAUUCUUCAAAUAUGCUUAGGUCUCGAGACAGCCGGGACUAGCAGAUAAGUAAGUAAAUAUUCUAAAAACUGCUGCCUGUGUCCUGAGAACGGAUUUCCAAGGCACAUCAUUUCCGGGGGCAGACGCUUGGUUCGUUUCCUGGAGGAGGGACUCCCUCCUUUGCACCCAGGCCGGUCAGCUGCUCUACUCGAUUCCUUGCCUGUGGCCUCUCCUUCCCAGACGGGGGCUGCCUGCUCUCCUUUGAUUCCUUGCUGGUUGUCAGCGUGAGCCUCAAGGACGCAAUGGCACACUUGGGUUUUCGGCAGCUUAUCAAAUGUGACCUCCUGGGGCACCUGGCUGGCUCAGUUAAGCGGCUUGGUUUGGGCUCAUGAUCUCAACGUUUGUGGGCUCCAGCCCUGUGUCGGGCUCCUCGCUGACAGUGCAGAGCCUGCUUGGGAUAGUCUCUCUCUCUGACCCUCCCCUGCUCGAAUUCUCUCUUGCGCAAAAUACAUAAACAUAAAAUAGAAUGUGACUUCUCACUAGUGACAAGUGAAGAUAGUGGAACGUGUACUACAACAGACAUAGGAUUUGUGAGGGGUCUUGCUCAUAAUUUGCUACAACGGCCCUUAGGUUUGUGAGUGUUGCACUUUGCCUGUAGGCUCAGAGCAGGUGUCGGGUUUAUUCCCACAAUAGUAUCUCCCUCCCUUCUUUGCACUGGGAAGUGUUUCCUUGAGUAGGGGGAGGCCGUGAUGCGGUUACCUGUUGGCCCAUGAUGGCCUGCAGGGCUGGGAACGUCAGCUGGAUUUCCUCAGUGGGGAACAGGUUGAAAACCACAGACUUGACACGUCUCCUCUGAGAGAUCAAUGUAUCCUGGAAACCUAGAAAUUAUGUCAGAUCAUUUAACUGAAUGCUGGUGAGGAGACUGCAUUUCUCAUGUUCCCAUCUUAACCUCAAGGGUAACACUUCUGGGUAAUUAAACAUUUUGAUCUUUUGACCCUAAA